UUUAUCUCAGAUGAUUACUCUUCAACGACGAAAACGUUCUUGUAUUUUCGAUAUUUUUCAUGUCGAAUAGCUUGCCAAAAUGGGGUCAAAGUCUUCAAUAAUGUUGCAAGAUGAAGAAAUUGAAGCCAUUCAGAAUGAAACUGGGUUUUCGCGGAACCAGAUAGUCCGCCUGUACAGCAGAUAUACUAGUUUGGACAAGGGCAGGAACGGAUUUUUAAGCCGAGAAGACUUCUUACGGAUUCCAGAGUUAGCAAUUAAUCCUUUGGGUGACAGGAUCGUGCAUGCUUUUUUCCAAGAAAACAAUGAUGAUGUUAAUUUCAAGCAAUUCAUGCGUGUCCUUGCAAGAUUCCGACCAAUCAAAUCAAGGGAUAAAGACAUUGUUAGUCCUCUGAAUAGUCGUGAAGAGAAAUUAAGGUUUGCCUUUAAGAUGUAUGAUCUAGAUGGUGAUAAUAAGAUUGCUAGAGAGGAAUUGCUCGCUGUGUUACAUAUGAUGGUUGGUGCUAAUAUAUCAGAAGAACAGCUUGGCAGCAUUGCUGAUAGGACGAUAGCAGAAGCAGAUGAAGACAACGAUAAUAUGAUCUCUUUCGAGGAAUUUACAAAGGCCAUGGAUAGGGUAGACGUUGAGCAAAAGAUGAGCAUUCGUUUCUUGAAUUAGUGAUGGUGGUAGCUUCCGUGGAUUGUGGUGAUAGCUUCCACGCAGGUUGAUGCCAGUGGUGUGCAGAGAGGACCUUCCGAUGAAACAUUGAUUACCGAGGAUUGAAAUGACCAAGAUAUAAUGUAGAUAGACAUGGAUGCAUCAUAUUUGAUAUACAUGGAUUGAAUAAAUAUGUGCAGGUUAUGGGCCAUAGUAGAAUCACCAGACGCCUUUGUUCAAGGCGUUUUGGAUUUUUAAUUAAGGAGUUUAUUGAUUCUUGUUUUGCCUCGGUUGUGGCAGCUAAUAGGUGUAUUCAUUCUGAUGGACAGGUGCAGUACGGAGAAGUUUUGAGUGACUUUUGAAGAGAGGUGCUAAGUGCACUUCAUGAGGGAUAUGACGCCAAUUACAUCGUGAUUAAAACUGUUACCAGUCCUCAAUUCGUAAUGUUACUUCAUUUUUUAACUAUAAAUUAGGCCAGUGUUGGAUGUGCUAGUAACCAUCAUAUUGGGUGAUAUGAAUAAAGGCUAGCAAAUGCUUUUACUUCAAUUUUGUACAGAAAGGCCAAGUGUAAAUGUACAUGGAGUUUUAGAUAAAAGCAUUUACCUUUCUUUAUUCAUAUCACCAAUUGUCUUGCUUGAACUUUGCAUUAGCCCAUGUGAACUGAAUGUUUUGUCAUCCUGAAAUCAUUCCUAUAUUUCUUCACUGGAAAGGGCCCGGCCCGUUUAGGAUGUGUAAAUAUGCUUUUAGAUACAUGCCUGCAUUGUAGAAAUGCCUUUGCCAUUUCUAUUCCUUUUCAAGCCAGUUGUGUUUCAGUGAAGGGUUGUGGACUUUUGAGCUCAUUGUUUAAAGAGUAAAAAAAAAUGCUGAGUUGUGUUGCUGGGUGGCACUGUAUCACUUGAGGCUCUGGUUUGGAUUAGAAAUUGCAGAAAUUUUGUGAAAAUCCUGUAAUUUCAAGUUUAGGCCCAGUUUACUCAAAAUCAGGAUGGUGAUGACCUAUUUUGGUUUUGGUUUCUGAAUAGCCCAGACAAAACAGUAGAACAUAUCAAAUACUCAAACCCCAACUAAGUUAUAUAGUCCUAUAGUUCGAGUGGACUUUUCUCACUUACCCUGUAUAAUGUACUGAAAGAUGCUAAACUACUGAUAGCUUGGGUGCAGUUGGGAUACCGAUUAUAACUUUCUUCACUUCGGGUCAAGGUUAGUGAUACUUCCAUAUGUGGUGUUAAUUUCAUAAAUAAAAUGGAUAUUCUAUUUA